CUGCUCACUGCUAAGUUUGCGCAGUAACUAAACGUUCACUUCGUUAUGAGUUUUCUCAGCCGCUGUGUCUGCUGUUUGGUUUAUCAAUUUAUUAUAUUUUAGUACUGUGGAAAUGUGUUAAAAGUUAUUAUUUUGCUUAAAACUAAUUCUGGAUAAUAAUUCUGAUCUAUAUCAUCAGAAAAGGUUAUUAUCGACCUGUCAAGAAGACAUUUUUUUCGUGAAGCUGUACUUGCAAAAUUCGCAAAAUAGGAGACGAAAACCCCUUUAAGUUUUCAAAUUUCAUAUCGAAUCUGCCACCAAUAGGUGGUAGAACGAUGCCUCGCUGCAGCAAACGCACACGGAGCGGCGCUCCCGCGAACGGGGGCGAAGUCCUGCCGGGGGCGACCGCCAUCGACGAACACCAUCACCACAAGAGAUCUAGAAAUAGCAGUUCACGUCGACAUUCCAAAUCAGAAGACACAAGUUUUAGCGUAAAGAAAUGUUUAGCAUGGUUUAAAGAAUACACAACAGUUACAGAACCAGAUGUUUUAGGUCCAGAAGGCAUGGAAAAGUUCUGUGAAGACUUAGGAGUGGAUCCAGAGAAUGUUGUUAUGUUGGUCAUUGCAUACAAAAUGGGGGCAAAACAAAUGGGCUAUUUCACACAAGAAGAAUGGUUAAAAGGUCUAACAGAGUUACAGUGUGACAGUGUGCACAAAUUGCAGAACAAAUUAGAAUACCUUCGCAGCUUACUCAAUGAUCCAUAUAUUUUUAAGGCUAUUUACAGAUACUCCUAUGAUUUUGCUAGGGACAAAGACCAGCGUUCCCUAGAGACGGGCACGGCGCGAGCACUGCUGGGCGUGCUGCUGCCGCGCUGGGCGCUGCGGCCGGCGCUGGCCGACUUCCUGCAGCGCGGCCGCUACCGCGUCGUCAACCGCGACCAGUGGUGCAACAUCCUCGAGUUCAGCCGCACCGUCGACACGCAGCUCAAUACUUAUGAUGCUGAUGGCGCUUGGCCGGUGAUGCUGGACGAGUUCGUGGAGUGGCUGCGCGGCGAGCGCGCGGGCGACGCCGCCAUGCCGGCGCACAGCUGAGGCCCGCCGCCGCCCUAGUCGCCCCAGCCGCGCAGGCGAUGAUACAAGAUAGAGUGCUCAUGUGUACCGUGUUGUGUGUGAUCAGUGUUUCUGUGGAUAGUGCCGGAUCAAUCAUAUAUCAAGAAUGACAUGUGAAAUUGUUUCCAGACUUACAAAAUAAAUAUUGUUAUUCAUAUUUUAGUAAAUGUAACUGGGUUCUUACCUGGGUUCCUGCUCUAAAUAUUACUAUGGGCUUGCACUCGCAAAAUCCGGCACUGUGGAGCACACAAUAGUGGCAGCAAAUGAAAUGUAAGGCCUGAGCAGUAAACAAGUACCUGUGUGUUUUAAUUUCAUUUUAUAAAGCUGAAUAGUAUGAUUGAGCAUGCAAAUCUCAGAAACUACUGGACUACUAACUAGUGUUAGAUGGCCCAUUUAUCGUUUGAACAGCUUAGAACUGGCGGAAGCUAGUGUAAGCAAAAUAAAAAUCAAUACUGCCACUUUAAUUCAAAAUUAUCUUGCCAUAAUUAAUGUACUGCUAAUCUGCUUGGUCUUUACAACUUUUGUUGUCCUGAAUAUGAAAAUACUUGUACACAUUAGCACUCCAUUAGUUGUCUAAUCUGUGGAAAGUAUAGUUGAAGUUGACUAUACAAUGUGAAUAGGAAGUAUAUGCAGAGUGGAAAAGACUUGAUUAGGAAUGGAAGGUCUAAAUCAAUGUGAUGAAAGACCUGGGUUAGUGAAUGGUUUAGAACGGACAUUGUUGCUCUCUCACAACAUGAUGCUAAGUGAGAAACUUCUGAAAACCUCCUGUAUAUGUAGACAUGACACUGAUAACAAAAAUAUGUGUAUUUGUUUAUAUUUUGUGUUGUAUGCACAAGUGAUCAAGUCUUUGAUUGGAAUGUUUUUAUAAAGCUUGUUAUAAUUAACCAAACAAAAAGUUAAUAAAACAAGUUAUUGCAUGAAAAUCGUGAAUAUAUCAUUGUCAUGUCUAUGUACUUGUAAGCCUUAAAAUUAUACCAGAUUAUACUGUUAGUUAACAAUUUACAAACUCACUCGCUGAACUAGUAUAUGAUACUUGAGCCAUAAGGGGUCUGUAAUAUGUAAUUUAUUGACAGGGAAUAUAAAUUAUUACGUGAGUAAUAUUUAUCGCGGGCGAUAAUCGCAUAUUGAACUGUUAUCAAGCGGUUUUGUUUAAAACCUGUGUGUAUGAACUUUAUGUCCUGCUUUGUACUCUAGCGUUGUCCCUUAUAUUCGUUUAUCCUCGAUUUUUUUUUGUUUAUGGCACUACAAAAAAAGAUUUUGGUUUUUUGUUCAACAAUGCUAGUGUAGAAGGCAUUCUGCCACUUAUGCCAAAUUGUGAAAAUGAGUGAGAACAUUUUUGUGUGUUUGUUUGGCCCGUUGUCGUCCGUAUUAAUGUAUUUUGUUUCAUUCAUGUAAUAUGAAAAUCUCGUGUAUAGUUAGUCGCGAGUAUGCAUGAUAAUGUAAACUAUUUUCUUUUUUCAAUUUUGAAAAGAAUAAAACAAGCCGGUAUUGUUAAUAAACAAAUUUAGUUUUUCUUUGUUCUAACAAGUUGCAUUAUGCCCUUAUGACUAUUCUUUCACUUUAUUUAUGCAAAGCAUGCUGCACUUAUCCAUUAACAUUAUUUCGCACAUUUUGUAAAUAUAACAUUACUUACGCUAUUGGUUGACCACCCGAGGAGCUUCAUACAUCAAUGGUCAGUACAUUCUAUUGUAUUUUAUAUUAUGUAUUAUUUGUCUUAUUAACUGGUAGGUAUAAGUUCAUGUGUAUAUUUUUAGCAUUUACUUUAGAUGUAUGUAUAUUAUGAUUACCCGAUGCUCCUCUUAAUAUAAAACGAAUAUAUAUUUGAAGUAUGCAAUCUCAUUAUCUAUGAAAUCUGUUGAGACAUUGAAUAUUAUAUUAAUUUGCCCACCGAACGUUUAUUAUUAUGUUUGCAAUAAAACAGUACAACAGACAAGGAGAUGUGAACUUUGAACAGGUUAUGUGUAUAUUUAUUUUGUACCAGUAGCUAAUACUUGGUGGGAUUAGUGUAAUGUAUUGCAAUUCAAUGAAAAGCUUAUACUGUCAGGUAUCUGCUUCAGAUGGCCUUUCGACUGAUUUUAAACACAAGCCUAGGAUAACUGUAAUUUGAAUGUGCGGUGAACAUCUCUGGUGUUCGUCUAACAACAUUCAUCUUCCUUUAGCAAUAAAAUAUGUUUAGAUAGAAACUUCAGCUAUUUAUGUAUAGUAUCAUUAUAUUAAUAAGUUGGUAACAUAAGUGGUUAUUUUUGUAAAGAUACUUAGACUAACGCUAGACAUGUGUCGCACAUUUAACUAAACUGAAAAUAGAAUAAUCCAUAUACACCACAACUAGACUGGACUGCCGAGGCCACUUCGAAUCAUGUUCCAAUAGACUAGGUCUACGUCUAGUCUAAACACUAGGUUUAGGUGUAGAUAUCGUUUUAUAUAAGAACGUGUAGGUAGUAUAUUCAAAUUCUCUGAUUGUAAGUAAAUGAUUUCUCUGUAAAAUACCGUGUAUCCAAAAUUAUCGCAAAUCGUUUAGGCCAUUGUAACGGAGGUUAUUACAUGAGGAAUAAAUAAAAUAAUUUCAAAGUGAA